AUGCAGACACUACAUGAAGAUUUGUUCUUGGAAUAUCGUCCAGACACAUUGCAGGCAGUUAGAAAGUUAUAUGAUAUGGACAAAGCAGGAAGCAUGGAUGAAGCUAUAAAUAUAAUUGAGGAAUGGAUAAAAAAGCAAAAACAUUUUACUAACAAAGAAUUUGGUAAAGAAUAUUUAGAGAGGCUAAUAAUAGCAAGUAAAGGAUCAGUGGAGCGAACGAAAAAUAGAUUAGAUAAAAUAUGCACUUCGAGAAAUUUAGUGCCAGAAUUCAUAGCUACGAUAAAUGUUAAGGAAUUCAAACCAAUACCUGCAUUCGUCGACCUUUUCCUACCGAAACUUACACCUGAUCAUGACAGAGUUUAUAUGUUAAAGUUUGUUGGUAAGGAACUCAACAAAUGUUCGUUAUUGGACCUCUACAAAAGAGGAAUUUUAGAAGCAUUUGGUGUGAGGUUUAAAGCAUUGCAUCUGUUAACUCCAUCGAGAGUAGUUGAUACACUGGUGACGUUCCUCAAACUUUUGACUGGUCAGAAAAUGGGCGACCGUUUUAUAGUAAACUCGACGUUGGAGACCCUCUAUGAAUUUAUGCCGAAAGAAGUUCUUCCGUAUAAAUAUGGUGGUGAAGCAAAGCCUUAUUUGAAAUUACAAGAGGACUUUCACGAAGCUUUGAGUUCAAAGGAAUUCAUAGAAUACAUGAUGAAAACAAAAGAUUACAAAACCGACGAGUCCCUUAGAAGUGUAGAUAAAUUUAAAGAACAAUAUAUGGGAAUUCCUGGCACAUUUAGAAACAUAAAUUUGGACUAAUAUUAGUGCCUGCUUUGAUGUGGUAUAACGUAGUGCAAAUAAUUAAUAGGAAUUGGAUGAUUG